GGCAACACAAUACCGACCUAUGCAAUCUUAUCUCAUGUAUGGGACCCUGAAGAAGUCUCUUUUCAGGAAAUGGUUGGCGAUCGGAAGUUGGCUGAGCGCAAGCAUGGUUUCCCCAAAAUUAGACGCAGCUGCGCACAAGCUCAGCGGGAUGGGUACCAGUAUAUCUGGAUCGACACCUGCUGUAUCGACAAAACCAGCUCUACCGAGCUAUCAGAAGCAAUAAACUCCAUGUAUGCUUGGUACAGGGAUUCAGCAGGCUGCUAUGUUCUGCUCGCAGAUGUAUACAACAGCAAAAAAAAAGGUCAUGACUUUUUUACGUCUCGCUGGUUCACACGCGGCUGGACGUUACAAGAGUUGCUAGCACCCACUCGACUUCAAUUUUUUGACAGAGACUGGAAAUCUUUUGGCACAAAAUUUGACCUGAUUGAUAAUAUUUCGACUAUCACCAAGAUAGAUCUUUACGCAUUGACGGGCGGUGACUUAUCGUGGCUGAGUGUCGCUCGGAGAAUCUCAUGGGAAUUUUUGCCAAGCCUGAACGACACGACUAGAAGAUAUGGCCUAUUGUUUGCUCGGAAUAUUCGCGAUUAACAUACCGCUAUUGUAUGGGGAGGGACAAAGGCAUUCCUUCGACUACAGGAAGAAAUAUUGAAGAUAACAGAUGACCAAUCGAUUUUUGCUUGGAGGGAUCCUACGGCCAAACCCUACCGGGAUGACUACCCUGAAGAAUGCAAUCCCCAAGGCCUAUUAGCUCCUUCCCCCGAACUUUUUCAAUACUCAAAGAGCAUUUCGCAAUUCUAUAUUGAAACACCAGAACCUGCGACCUCGACAUCCACAAACAAA